AUGGACCCAGGGAUAUUGCUGUAUGACCUGAGAAGAUGGUGGCCUUUGUGCUCACCUCCGCAGAUCAACAUGUUCAACCUGAUGGGCAACUGCUGGAACUGGGUCUCCAAGCUCCAGCAGCCCAUGAGGAAAGUGACACUGCUUGUGGUUGGUCUUGACAACGCAGGAAAAACAUGUGCGAUCAGAGGAAUGCGAGGAGUGCCCCCUGGUGAGCUGUCGCCAACGCACGGCUGCGUGCGCACGGAGCUGCAGCUGGAGAACUUCCUGGUGACGAUGCUGGACGUGGGCGGUGCGUCUCUGGAGCGCCACUCCUGGUCGCAGCACUAUGGUGAGGCGCACGGCCUCAUCUUCGUGGUGGACUCUAGUGACCGGGCCAGGCUCACCCAGGUCAAGGAGGAGAUGACCCACAUCCUGAGUGAACCCCGCGUGGCUGGAAAACCACUACUGGUGUUAGCCAACAAGCAAGACAAGGUGAAUGCCAUGUUUGGCAGUGAGAUGAUUGAAGUCCUCUCUCUGGAGCAGCUUGUCAACAAGAGUCAGUCAUUGUGUCACAUUGAGUCGUGUUCCGCCUUGUUGGAUCUGAGAAGGUGGUCGGACAGGAAGACUCUGCGAGGCCUGCGCUGGAUGCUGCGGGCCGUGAGCCUGGACUACUCCGACCUCUGCACACGCAUAAUACGCGACGUACGCACCCCGUACACCCAGGCGGAGAGGGAGAAGCAGGCCAAGAUGGAGAAGGGCCGGCGCAAGACUAAAGAGCAAAGUGACCUGAGGAGCAAAAGUGACCUGAGGAAAGGAAAGACAAAGAAAAACAAGCGAGAAAAACCUCUGCAGCCUAUCCGGGAUAUGUUGAAUAAGGAAACCCCACUGAAAAGGCGGUUAAAGCCCAAAAGAGUGAAGGGCAAAGUGCAGAAAGAGAACGAUGAAGAGAGAAGGAAUGAGGAAGAGGAGGCAGCUUACCAUGAACUGGAGCAAAACGGACAGAAGGAGAAAGCCAGCACUGCACUGUUGCCAAGGAAACGAGGCAAACUAAAACGAAGAUCUAAAGUGAAAGAGGAGUCCUUGAUUCUGCCUGAAUCGCUUGACACAGAUGACUCCAAGCACUCCUCAGGGAAAGGAGAGAAGAAAACAAAGAAGAUAGUGAAGGUUAAAAGGAAAAACAGGAUCAACACUGAAGUGCCAGCAGCAUACACACAGCCUGUUGAUCUCUCAGCCACUUUUGAUCUUUACAGAAAAGCAAUUUUGGCUCUGAAAGCUCGACAGGAGGAGGACCAGGAGAGGGAGCGGGAGAUGGAGAGAGAGGAGAAAGGCAGGCAGCGAGUAGAGUAUGAACGACAACGGCAGCAUCGCCAGGAGCAGAGCGUGCAGGAGCGGUGA